AUUAAAAACAGCUAGCAAAUGUCACAUGUUCAGAAGAUCAAACACACGUUUAUUAAAUACCGAUCAUUUGUUUACCAGACGACCUUGCAUGAACUCGUUCCAUUAUAUAAUAAUAAAGUAGUUCUUUCAUAAUCAAGCUCGUGAACCAGUAGGAAUGUAACCAUGUUCCCGUUAUUAAUACUGUGAACAGCUGCGAUCAAACCCGUGCACCCAUCCCCCAGGCGAAAAAACAAAACAAUCCUUGAAAUUUUGGUGGAAACAAAUCUCAGUUGUGCAUAUACAACUCAACAGGUGGGCUUGAAUUCAUGCACAUGUACAGACCCAUAAAUGAUUCCAGAAAUGCAAACAAUCUCAGCUAUUCCUCUUUAGAAAGCAAUGUGUGUCAACCACCUUCCCAUAUAACCUUCUCUUAUAACAAACCUUCACUUAAUGGAAAAUUUGGUGCAGGUCUGGGCAAUAACACUGUAAUCGCAUUGUACAAAGAGAGACUUGUAAAUAAAUUUUUUGAAUGCGUGAUCCUCACUAAGGGUGAGUUUCUUAGGAGGAUCUAACGUUAUAUUUUUGAUCUCAGAAAGAAAUGAAAAACCGAAAAUGGAUUCUUUGGCAUACCAGCAAAAUUGGCGCGAACCGACAAGAACAUGGCAAGCCCAUAUUCCACUGGAAAGCCGCUGUGUCCAAAGGAACGCACUGAUCGUGAAUCCCAAAUAUCUGGAUUUAGAUUUAAUCUAGUAAUUCUACUCGGCGUGUUGAUUCUUUGGAUUAGCAGAGAGACGCAAAAUCUGUUUUUAGGAUUGGAUUUUCCCGAGGAAAUUCUCAUUUGCCCGAGUGAAGCCUUGCAACAAAGACACUACAGUGUUAACUAUAGUCAAGCAAUGCAAUACACGACUUGUAACUUACUUCAAUUUCAAGUCCGAGCCUUUCCCUCCUUCAGACUGCAAUGAAUGAAAAUGACCUCUGUUUUUAACAUUUGUUUUUGACCCAAGAGAAGUAGUGCAAAAUUAAAAAGCUAAUAAGCACCUUAAUUUUAAUAAUAGAUAGCCAUGGCAGUCGUUUUAUCAAUCAGGCGUUAAAGGAGAACUGAAGUAAAAAAUCCUUCCAUUUUUGUAUCACUUGGCGAGACAGAGCUCGAGUGGCAUGGAUCGAGGUAGCGCGCGUGUAGGCUCGAGUCCCGUUAUCUCACGGGUCCGGUCUUUGAUCCUUCCCGAAGAGGAAGCAUGAGUGCGGGCUCCCGGACAGCGGCUGAUAAUCGAGCCUAGGCAGCAUGCGGUCUAAGGAAUAAUGAUUUCGCAUGAAUAGCUUUAUAAGAAAAUUUACGACAGUCCCAGAUAUGAGCUAAAAUUUUGGUAGUCAGGAAUUUUCCUGACAUUUGAAAAGUUGGCCAGACGUAAUCUUUGAGAAGCCUGCUGAAAUCUCCGACGACUGAAGCAUGGUGUCGUUCUACGUGUGCUCCUAAUGGCUUUGUGAGUCCUCGUGAGGUCCGGAUAUCGGAUAUAAAUUAAGUGGAUGGUGCAGGUUUCUAACAACCGUCAAAAAAACUUUACAGAAUUGCGGACUACACUGACAUCUACAGGUAGAUAAAAAAGACCCGACAACUGGAGCUUAGUCUGCUAAGAGGAUUAGGCAUAAACUCAUUUUGCGUUGAAAGGACUCUUAAUGUGUCUAGUACAAAAAGCAAACACAUUUUUAUAAGCAAUGAAUCUUUGCAACCAAUUAGUGGACCGCUCAGGAAGAAAAAAUAGUGCGCCAAAAUAAGACCGUUUUAUAUGCAGGUUGCAAAGGCAAAAGUUAAGCGACAGUCCUAACAUUAAAAUGAGUCAAAAAAUGCUCUCGUCCGCUCUAUCAACCGACGCCAUAAAGGACGUUUUUUCAUCGAUUGUCGUGAAAUCAUUAUCAGCGUAAUUAUAGACGUAAGACCGGUGCCAAGGGCGGGAAAAUGUCAUGGUUGGUUUGAGCAAAGUUUAGGUUGUACUUCUGAUUGGUUAAAACGUGGCUCUAGAUCUUUAUGGAAAGCACCAGGCCCCCACGGCUGAAACCAUAUAUAACCAGCGGUUAAAGCGACAUCAUGGGCUAGCGAACUUUCCCUAAUACAAAGAAAAGAGUCAAAGGUUCACCUUUUUUUACGGCGAACGUCAAACCGCUCGACUAUUUCGUUUUUUAGCCAUCGUUUGGUCCCUGGUCGUUUACCUGGUGAAGACGUGGGCUUUCACGUUUAUUUACAUGUACGACUUGAGCGAGAACUUUAUUACAUUAUCAUUCUCGGAUACAUAAGCAGUCGUUAAGCACAUCUUCCGUUUACCGUUUCCGGUUUGCCGUGAAUUUGACGCUUUGAGAGGUUAAAGGUGGUCCAGGGAUCAGGAAGGUACUUUCCGGAAAUUCGGAAAGGGGUCCACAGCGGCCUUGGUGAUUCUCCUUUGUCUAAAUGAUAAUUGUUACUUUUUUAACACUUUCAACAGAGCACCUGAUCAACUCGCUGUCAGAGUUUGAUAUCACUUACCCAACAGAGUUGGAUGAUCGAGGUCGCUUUAAAGAUCACGUGACUACCUUGUCCAACCAUCGACGUCGUCGGCGAAGCACAAGCGAAGAGACUGGGCCGAUAACAUACCAGGUGGGAGCGGGAACCUACUAAGAACCACAUAUACCGCGGUCAAACAUGUGGUGUUUUUCGUUUAAUCUAGUGCUAUACCAUAUUACCAUGAAGUGGACACAACGGCAAGGGUGUAACAAAUACUUGAUUUAAAAAUAUGAUUCCUUUUUCCCUAAAUUAAAAGUCUUUUUGUGUUUUUGGGAAAUGGUUCGCGCUCGAAUAAGAUUUUGUGACCUUAACGAGUUAGCAGCUUCCGUGUUCAUGCAAGUCCAAAAAACUUCUUAACAAAGAGAAUCAAAACAAGUUACCUUGAAUAACAGCGUAUAAGAAACGUAACGAUUUUUAAGCAAUGAAAAUGACAAUCUGUGGUUUUAAGUACAAGCUUUCGCAAAUCUCUCUCAUUUGACUAAAUAAUCACACUGCCCAAAAGCAAAAGCCACCUGGUGUUACUUUUUAAAGAAUCUCUGUCUUUUACAGAUACACCUGCUAGUUGUCACUUUGCAGGUAAAUUCUUUAACAAAUAAAUUGCAAGGCUGGGUCUUCGCUGGGAAAAGAGACAUCUAUGUUAACGAAAAUAUUUUAAUUGACUGUUCAGUUGCUCUUCUUUGAGAUUGCUUUACCACUGGCAAUAUUUGUAGAAUGGGUUAGGUCAUGGUUUUUUGCUGAGAUUAAGUUUAUUUUGCCAGUUUCUAAGAGACUCACGCUUUCAUUAUUUAAGUAAAAAUUCUCCCUAUUUUUUAUAGGUUAGCUAUAAGGGAAAGACCGUUAAACUCUUUUUGAGACUAAACACAAAGCUUUUCGGAUCUGAUUUUGUCGUUGAGCGCCAUAAAGAAGAUGGUAGCAUUGAAACGAAAACGGUAACGGAUCAGUGUUACCUAGUCGGAGAAGCUGAGUCAUUUCACACCAGUGUGGCCAUAAGUGACUGUGAUGGACUGGUAAGAAACCAUUAAUUUAUGCAUACUGUGAUCUCAUCUAAGAUCUCAUCUUAAGCUACGGUAAAAAUGGACAACAAAACGUGCAACUUGUUUCGAAACAUUGUUGCAAAACGAUUUGAAUAGCGAUGUUCACGUUGUACCUAUCACGUUCAAACCUGUCUUUGAGCAAAUCCGGUUGUGGCAGGUUGCCUGAAUACUGACUACUGAUUGGAUGAAAUUGCGCGGGAUUAUGGGAAUUACUUCACUUGCUGUAAAACAAGUUCUUCGCGUUGGGUCGGUAAAACGCGCGACAUGUACAGAUUUUGUUGCAAAAGUAGAACUACUUUCGACUUUCGGCAACAAUUUUGCGUAACCUGCGACAACUUGAUUUGUUGCAAGAAAGGUUUAAACGUGGGUGGUAAAACGCGCAAAAUCGUUUUUCAACUCGUUUUGCUGUAAAAAACAAGUUGCACCUUUUUGUUGCGGUUUUAUCGUACGUUAAGAUCUUUUCAAUAUCAUUUAAUACUCGUUUAUCAUUUAUAAAGCGAACACCAAAGAAUUAACUUAUGAUUCUCUUUAUAUAGUUAUAUUUGAUAUUGACACGGCUUGGGUUUUGGCUCUGGAUUUUCAAGGAACUGUGAAUCACACUUUUUGUGACUUACAGCAAAGCCCUAUCAUUAUUCAAACAUUGAACAGACGCACAGGGAAAAUCAGUCAGUCUCGCGUUAUUAUCAUCUUGUUAAAGACAAAAAUAUCCCUGUAUGGACUGUUCAAGCAAAUAACCAACCUAAAUGACGCUGGUUCAUGCGCGCCCACUACUUAGUAUUGCGAAUAUCUCGCUCUCUUAGUCGUCCUCGUUUUAAAGUGAUGUUACACGAGACUUACGCAACAACGAUUUUUAGCGCAACACAGCAUUGGUAACAAUGUUUCGAAUGGUUGCAACAUUGUACCAACAUUGCAACGCUGUGUUGCGCCAAAAAUUGUCGUUGCGAAUUAUCUCGUAAAACAUCACCUUUAGAAUCUAAAGGACUCUUAUAAUAGUGAUUUCUAAGAGUCGAAUAUAUGCUCUUUCUCUAAGGCAGGAAUCAUAGAGUUGGGUAAUGACACCAUCUUCAUCGAGCCCGUGUUGAACACAAGUCUGUUAGCCCAACGGGGAUGGACCAGACCUGGUAGACCACACUUGAUGUACAGUAAGGAAAUGCUAGGCCGCAACCAACUUCAUGAUUUGUCGUUUGACAGAUUUGACGAUGGCUAUCUCAGAAGAGGACUGAAAGGUUAGUAACUCUCCGUAAUCCAAAUUCUAAUUUCUUAAGAAUGUCAACGUACGUGCAAUGAAGGACGCAUAUCAUGAAGCGGACACCUUACAGGACAUGUAUGUUAUAGAGUCCUUAUCAUUUUCUUCCAUAUUUUUCAUUAAAUGAACCAGUAUAGAAAGAGCCUCUCGGAUUUCCGGUUAAUACAGGUUUUAUUGCACGUUUGUAUGAUAAUGUCCCAAAAUAGUAAAUGAAUACAUUACGUUGAUACCAUUUGCUUUAGAAAAUGAAACAAACUGAAGAAAAAAAGCCGGCUAAUGCUACAAUCCCGGACAAAACUACUUGAGAAAGUUUUUCCCAUCAUGUUCACUUUCCUACGCAACAAACCUAUUUCCAAAACGACGCCUUUGUGGAAAAAAAAACCCUUCCCCCAAUUCAAUGUUGCUUCCCACAAACGCCCAGGGAUCAGGCUUUCCUUUGAAUACACAACAACAUUGCUUUCAGGGGAAGGGGGAGAGGGAAGAACCGGUACAGCUAUGAUGUUUCCAAAAAUGCUGUCCAAGUAUACAAUUUUCCCAACAGUAUUGUCCAAGAUUGUAGAAAAGGGGCUUCAUUAUUUUGAGAGGAAUGAUGAUCUAUUGAUCCUUUAAAAACACCAAAACAAACGAACAAGCGCACAUCAUCUGUGUCAUCAUCAUUGUCAAUCUUACCUUUCUUAAAGUUUCCACCUUCCAGAUCCGGUUGUUCGUUUUCAGCGUUUUCCUUUAAUAACGAAGAAAAAAAUAUUGAUAAUAUUGAUAGAGUAGAGGAAUUAACAUUUUAUAAAAUAAGAGAGGUUCUCUUCGACUGCCGUAAGGAAACCAGCUCACUAUUCAUAACCCCACGAAAACCGUUUGGUUCAACUUGAGAGUGGUUGAAAGGAGAGGCGUACCUUUUUAGGAAGAGAUCAUCCCAUAAUGAUCUCUUCAGUGCUUUUUAUUCAGUCAGAACGUUUAAUAGCAGUAAAAAACAACAGAUGCAAAUCACGUAUAGACCCGAAAAACAAAGGAAGAAACAAACUACAAGAAAAACACUUUUCUGUAUGUGUGCUUAUAGCUAAGUAAUAACCCAAUCAAAUGAUCUCCUGUAUUCGGUACGUGAACAAAAACUUUGAUCUCCGCAAAUACUGCUAAAUUUUUAUUUCCUAGUGGAGAAGAAGCUGAUCGAUACAGCGGCAGCUUCUCAAAGUUCGUACAUAACGCUCAUGAAUCUUGCAAGACGUGCAGUUAAGGUAAUUAGUUAUUUAUAUAAAGGAGAAACUACUACCUUGUCACUUUAGGGAAAUUUACCUUUUUCUUCUUGGUCAUGCCAUUUUGGUGACGUAUCUAGACGAACGUUCGGAUCACUUGACCCGAACGGAAUGAUAGGGCCUGGGAACUAGGAAAAGAUCAAGUCAUGUUCCAGUGGCUGUGGCUUUGUGUUUCUUGAUUUCCAAAAUCAUUUUGACUCUCCAUAUUUAAUUAAUAAAUUUUAAUUUUAAAAAAGUGUUUUUCCAUAACUGCACCGAUAAUUGUACUUGCAUUUCUAGAAUCAGUCUCUCAAUUCUUUAGCUAAUUAUUGAGUUAAUCAAUCAUUCAUUCUACCAAUCAGUGUUCAUCGACUAGUAGACUAGUGGUUAAUCUUUACUACUUCAAUUGUGUCACAGAUCUACUAUAUCAAUUACGGAAAGGAACUCUUAUUCCGAAUUUUGCAAGAUGGGCAAUCACAAGACGUAGACACUUUUACGGUGCACAAAUGGAUAGCAAAAGACUAUGAUACAGGAAAACCACUCUUCAUCAACAGGAAAAAGACCUUCAUUCCACCCACUGGAACGACUAUGAGAAACCGAUAUCGCGCUAAAAUCACUGUUCCACGUGAGUAACACGAUACUUAAUCGACUAUAAACGUCGCAGAAACGAGUUAUCAAAUUUUAACAUUUUAUUUAAGUUUUAAGAUCAGGAGAGGACUUAGCCUCCCUCAAUAAAAAUUUUCCUCCUAACUAUUCCGGUUAAAAAGAAAAAAAUAUGAAUAAUAUGAAGCUUUCUGAGGUGCGUCUUUUCUUCGAGUGGAAUCUAAACCUCGUUCCCAGGGUUCUUUCCUACUCGUCCUUGGAGUAGUGCCCAGUCCUCGAAUUAAAAGGUCUCUUUUAAGGGCAAUGUGAAAGUGGAGAAUACCGCUACUGACUCUAACGCCGAAAAGCUUUCAAACGUUGCCUUUAAAGCUGUUCUAUAUAUGUUUUUGUCUCGUACAAUCUGUGUUGAUUUUAGUCAGUGUCGUCUGGGAGAGUGCGCUAUUCACCGUCCGAUUACCAUAGGUAAUACCAUGAUUUGUAGUUAUUUUUGGCAUUUAUACUACUACAAUUUCGAAAUAUCACUCGUGGUAUUUAUGCCAAAUAUCACUACAAAUAAUGCUAUUACCUAUACAAAUACCACGCGGGUGAUAUUUCGAAAUGGGUAUACGUAAUUUCACGAGCCGUUAGGCGAGUGAAAUUUGAGACAAUUUUGAAAUAUCACGAGUAGUAUUUAGGCCCAAUAUCACGUACAAAUCAUGCUAUUAUUCGUUUAUACUACUACCAACAGAAGGUUUGUAAUUUUUACGUGUAGGUAUUUCAAAUUUAGCUGAAAUACCACUGCUCUAAGCCAAUCAAACCGCAGAAAUUUCUCAUGUAGUAGUAUAAUUUUUGAAAUACUCUUUAGGACUCGAUUGAUAAGAAAGUGGCUAAUGUUGGUUUAAGAGAAAAUUAUCCCUUUCAAUUGAAAUUUAUUAAUAGAAGUUAACGGAUUAAGCACCCCGUGUUUCUCUUAUGAAAUGGUCUCUCGAUUCAUUAUUAUCACCUACUAUUUAAUAGAGUAAUCUUUUAUGAAAGUUUAGUCUUACCAGUUAACCUAAAAGCAAGCUCCUGGUAGUAAUCGGCAUUCCGUAACAAUUCAGCAUCCGAAAACUAUGAGUAAAAAACUUCAGAAUAGACUUCUAAAAAGUCCGUUUUAGUUGGAUUAUUCUUUCGUGGUUUGCUUGGGAAGAGUUGACUAGUCUUCAAGUCUAACUUCAAUCUUCAAUCUCUUCAAUACUUGUUUAUUGCCCCCCUUAACAUCAACCCUAACUCUCCGUUCAUAAUGUUUCUCCAUGCGUUUCAGCUGGUCUCAAGCUUCCUCCGGCCACUCUACCUUCUCAGCCCAACAGUCAUUUAACUUUUAUCAAUAGGUCGAACCGAUUCGUGAAGGUAAGUCCCUCAAUGGGUUUUUCCUUUGGUGCAACCGAGUUGUGUUGAUUGUAUCCUUAAAGGCGGAGCUUUGUCACGAAUUUUAGCCAAAUCCAGAAUUUCGGAACAAGCCAUCUUAAAUUGAGCGCUUAAAACUUGUUAAUUUUCAGAGCGAUAAGGGCGAGUAAUUGACAACCCCCCAAAACAAGAGCGUUUUUCUUCCUAGGGGAACUCCACCUAUACCCAAAUAUUGGUCGAGUACCCCUCUACUACACUAAAUUUUCGUGCAAAUUCUGCGAACAAAAUAAAUCGUAAACCACUUACAUGGCCGGCUUCUUCUAGGCGAUUAUCGUAAAGAUUCAAGUGUAUCCGCAGCAAACGUAAUCUGCCACUCAACUGCUAAACGGAGGUACUGUUUGACGACUCCUACAUGAGAAAGGAUCGCUAUUUUCAUGCGGACAUCCGAGCCGGACGAAGGUCUAGCCGUUUCAAGGGCAGACUGAAAGACACCGUUUUACUCCUCAGCUACUUAAGAAUCUGAGUCCAGUGCCGGGAAAUGGACCCGCGACUCCGCCCUGGGACCCGUUUCUCGAAAGUCCCGAGAACUUUUCGUGUCUGAAAGCUGUUUUAUGUUUGCCGUGUAUGCACUCAAGAUCAAAGUUUCAAUAAUCAAAUUAAUGAAAUUGAAAUUGAUAAUGAAAUUAUCAGUUAACAAAGCAAAAUUGACUGGUUUGUGAGCUAGGAAUUGUGGUACUAUUCAACUGGUUUUGAUUUCAAAAUUUACCUUCGGACCCGAAAAGUUAUCGGGCCUUUCGAGAAACGGGCCCAGUGCUGUGCCCUACCGGCUUAGCUCACCCGACUGCGGAUAUGACCAUUUCUUCAUUUGAUAUUUUUUUAUUUUUGUCUAUAUCCCACAGGUGUUUUACGUCGAAGAGGGCGAAACACUGUUCUUCUUAAGCCUGUCCCCAAAGGAAGAUGUUGUAGUUAAUACUUACACUUCUCACACGUGGUUCGUGAAAGAUCUCGACACGAACAAAAUUCUUCUUGUAAAUGGACACAAGAAGUAUAUACCUGUGAAAACAGACCCAGAAAAUCCGAUACGAGUCUUCAUCACCGUUCCAAGUUGGUGAUAGUAACUCUUUUGAAUUGAAUAAAUCAAGUUCUGUUUUACAGUGCCUUCUUGGCACGUUUUGUUUUCUAAGAUAUAGUUUAACUUCGGUUCAGAAUGUUUUAGGUGGUUUUCGACUGUGCAUAUUUUUCUAGUAUCUAGUUGUCUCAGGCUUAAGGUUGAUGUGAUAAUGAUGAUGAUGAUUCCUGAUGAUGAUGAUGAUGAUAAUGAUGAUGACGUGGAUGAUUACAGAAAUGAUAAUAUCGAUCUAAAUAUUAUUUAAUAUUCACACUUGGCUGCGAGGCUUGGGGGAAUAAAACAAAAGAAAUCGUCUUGAGGCUCAGUUAAUGAAUAAUACAUUUCUUUUGUUUUAUUCCCUUAAGUCUCGGAGCCAAGUAUGAAUUUUAAUAUAUCAAAAAUGGUCCAUUAAAAAAGAAAGUUGGUUGCAGCCUCUCAUAUAAGGUGGAAUCCCGAUUUGACGUAUUCAAGUGUCAAGACACUCGAAAAUUUGGGGGAAGGGCGGUUACAUUGAGGUGCUGCUAGAAUUCUCAUUACUGCUUUUUCUUUAUGUGCUAAUUCUAAACAAAUAAAUAACAAUUAUUCACCGAAGUGGAGGUGGCUAGUGGUGUUACCGAGGCCGCGAAGCGGCCAGCUAAAUAUCCAACACUACCCACCGACACUGAGGUGAAUAAUUGUUUUAGUAUAUACUAAAACAGUGAGAUAAUUUAGCAUAAAAAUAUGAUUUUUAACUCAUUUACUGUUGCCAAAGAUUAUACAGUUUUGGCGCGCAAUAACCGGUUUUAUCGAUAAAUUCAAGUAAAAAAGACAAAGCUUUACCUUUUAAAACUUCCAAACCGAACUUCGUCAACUUCUUCGUAUACUUCGGGAACAGCUUGCUUGAUUAGUCGUGAAAUUUCUUUGUUUGUUACGGCAGCAACAGGGAAGGCAUUUUGCUCGCAACUUACGCGAGUUUGGCGUCGCUCGCUCGGAGGAGGAGGUGAAUAGUGAAGGAUAUUCACUGACUGAGUAGCCAAUCAGAGCGCGCAAAAAACACUAUCCACUGUUUUAGUAUAUUCUAAAAAGGCAUAUCUGGCAUUGCGAUUAGUAACGUAUUUGUCUCUUCUUCCAGGCACUUUGUCGCUUCCCGAUAUGAUAUUUCCAGACAUGCUUAAGACAAGGCCCAAGUACAUAGAGGUGAUGGCAACCGCUGACAGCUCCGUAGUGAAGUUUCAUGGCAAGGAAAAAUCGGAGAAAUAUAUCUUGACUUUGAUGAACAUUGUGAGUACUGUCAGUUAUAGUAACGCCAUAAGGCUUUUGACAUUAAUACUGAUAGCCACAUUGUCAUGAGCGCUUUAGAACUUGAUCUGGAGAGCUAUUUCGUGAUUUCAUUGUUUUUCACAAUUACGGUUUUUGACUGGCGUAAAAGUCUCUCCGCCAUCAGAGAACGCUAGCCUAGAGUUGGAGCGCAUACCAGUCCAGUCUCUUAAAGAAAGUUCCACCUUUUGUCAGGGCUGUCCAGCCAGGUCAGUCUGUCAGUAAAUAGUAUGCUGGGUAGAAAUAAGGGGAGAACUGGGUUUUCAGCGAAAACUUUCGAAAAAAAAGCAUGUUUCAUUUUCAAUGGUUCGGCCGGCCAUUUUGGUAAGAGCGCUUAGUCAGGUACCAUUUCCUGGGCUUUUGCUGCGCUUUGCGCGCUCUACAAUGUAUUAACCGCUCCAUAUCUUUGUCUUGAGUAAUUAUUGGUUUAUUUGAUUGGCAGUUUGUGUUGUGAUUUGACCAGAGCUUAUGUUUUGUAUUGACGCUGCUGAACGUAAUCAUGUGUAUUUGCUGCGACAAAAGAGAGCGGAGUUCUACUUCAUUGUUAACAGAAGUAGGAUUUACACUGAGCAAUAGGUUUACAAUUAUUACGACUGGGCACUUUCUCUUGUUACAGGUCUCCAGAUUAUUUCAACACCAAUCAAUCGGCGCUCCAGUAUAUUUUGUUGUUGUUAAGCUAGUUCUUCUGGAGAAGGAUCCGGUAAGGUGUUGUUUUUCUGCUCUAAAUUCUUAGUGCUUUGUCAUGUUACAACGUUCUGCUAUAACAUAACUGUGGAAGUUAAGGGGGAAACUUACGAGACAAUUACCACGCAUUCGUCAUAGGACGUCUUCGUUGGAGCUAUUUCUCGUCUUAUUAUGAUGCUACAGUGAAACUUCGACAACUUUACGCGGUUGACACUUAAGAAUAAGGAUAGAAAAAAAUAGUUCGUUAUGACGGGGCUACGUAUGUGCUCGGUUCUGUUUAAUAAAGCGUUACUCUAACUAAGGCGAAGUUAUAAAAUGAGCUUUUCUACAUGUGGAUUUCUCGAUCACUGCCGUAACACGUUCAGUUUCUGCUUUUUUGAUGGUACAGUCAAACCUCUUUAAUACGGACACCAAAGGGACAGAACCAAGUGUCCGCUUUACAAAGGUGUCCGUAUUUUAGAGAUGUGGUUAGACUGUACUGAUUAGAAGAGCCCUUUUACCAUAUAAGGUACCGUUUACCAAACACAGAUGAAAGGAUAUUAGUAUUGUCCAAUGAAGUUGCUCACAUUGCCUUUUUACAUCCCAGAAAGAAAUCAAAAUUAAUGGAAAGCCAAUGGACAGUUUAUCAAGCGUUUGUUACUGGGGCUACAAGACAAGGAAAGGCUAUGACAAGGUUACCAAGGACUACUAUGAUCAAACAGUGUUCUUAACAAGGUAAAGAGUCCAUAAAAGCGUCUAACGCAGACAAAGUGCGUUUUUCACAUUCAUUUUUACAAAACAUAUGUUUCUUAGCUUACUGAAGUUAUUCCGAAUAUUUAGUAUAACUAUUAUUUUUUUGUAUUUAUUUGCCAUUUUUGCGGACCUAGAAUUGAAAUCUAACUAGUACAGUGUUUGCGAUUCAGUCACUGACUUUCCUUAUAUAUCACUAUCUCUUCUUUUCUUUUUCUUUUUAUGCAGAAAGGACUUCGGCCCGUCAGGUACGCAAUCUACACAUGUUAGUCGAGUUUACUGGGACUGUUUGUUCUUAUGAUUUCGCGUUUUUUCAGUAAGCAAAAACUCCGCUCUAAAUCUGUGGUGUUUUGGCAACGCUGCUUUCUUAAAACGAUUCUUGCGAGGGGGGCAUAUAGCAUAUAGCAGCGAAACUUUACAUUCACUCUGGAAUCAACUUGUUUACCUCAAUAGGACUUCGUUUAUAAUUAUCAACCUUGAAUAAUCAAAUUCGUCACCAUCCAUGUUGUGUCAACAGGUUACGCACCAGUUCAUGGUAUGUGUUAUCGUCUGCGAAGCUGUACACUAAACGAGGAAGAUGGAUUUGCGUCUGCAUUUAUUAUCGCACAUGAAACAGGGCAUACGUAAGUUAUCGACAAGUUUUUCUUUUGUGAUAACUGCACUUUAAGAUGAGCGAGGUUCAACUUUUACGUUACGCGGGACCUUUCGUACAUCGCCCCUAUUUAAAAUUUACGUGCGCACUAACAUAAAAAUUAUGCGAUAGUGGAAAUUCACCCGUAAUCGUCUUUAAUGAUUCAUGAUUGUUAUUCUUCUUCACAGAUUAGGAAUGGAACAUGACGGAGUAAACAAUAACUGCUCCAAUGACGUCAUCAAAGGAAGCAUCAUGGCACCUCUGGUGCGAUCCCGGUUUGACCGGUUUUACUGGUCCUCUUGUAGUCGGCGAGACCUUUUAUCAAAGUUAAAGUAAGUUGAGACGCGUCUUAGCUAAGACGCGUCUUAUUUUAGAUGAAAUGUGCCGUUUAUACGGAAAGUUCGCGUCUUAUUUUUCCUCGUAUAAAUGGCCCUAUUGUCUUUUGUUAGAGAAUUAAAAAGACGAUAUCUGUGUCAUUGCUUCAUCUACACAAGAUUUCAUUUCUAUAUUGACAAUGCAAGAUGACCAUGAAAAUUUAAGACGAAUGAUGUUUUACUAUCAAUCGGUUUGUGGACUAAGCAAGAGUUGUUUCGAUGCGAACGGAAGGUUUUACAUCGAGGAGAUUUGCGAACUUAAAAGGAAUCGAAAACUCACAACUUGACUCAUGGUCGACAAAAAAAGUUGUAGAGUGGGUAUGGGAACGGUUGAAAAUACAGAGCUUCUUUCCGAGUCGCCCUCGACAGAGUGAAUCUUAGUUUUUUUUUUAAUGUCUGACGGAUGUUGCUUUCGUUCUUUCCAUGUAGUGCUCUGUGGUGUUUAGACGAUGUACCCUUCAGAAAUGAGCUUCCUUAUUUGAAAAAGCUACCCGGUCAGAUUUAUACCAUCGAUCAACAAUGUCAGCAUGACUUUGGUAGGAAUUCCAGGUUUUGCAGUCGGGUAGGUGUAUAGAGUUGUUUUUGUUUUUGUUUGUUUUUUUUUUUCAACAUUUAUCUGCUAGUCCCUAGUCCUCGUUAUCCAGAACGGCCUCUGCGUUUCAGGUCACAUGGUCCGAGCGAGUUUUCGCGGCCGUUCGUCUCAGAUACGUCAGCGAAUUGCAUUAACCGAGAAGGAUUGGGAAGACGCCAGCACAAAAAUGUCACAGUGAGAAUUUCUAGUUCGCCAUGGCUCAGCUGUGCUGAAGUAUUACAUAUAUAGUUAUGUUAUUUACAAGUUUACCUGUGAAAUUUUUUUAACAGAUGAAGCGAGAUCCUUGUGCGGAGUUGUGGUGCGUUCGCGGUUCUUUUUCCGGCUAUAAUGACCGCUUCUGUCAAACGCGAAGAGAACCCGCGUUGGAAGGAACCAAAUGUGGUGAAAACAAGGUACUAAACUAAAAAAACCCAUUAAGGGCUCUGCCCACACGAGUCUAUGUAAGACCUUUAAAAGGAUAAAAAUGGCUUCAGUAUUUACAGCCUUCCACACCAGAACGAUAUUCCUUUGUUUACAGAGAUAAGUGCUAUGGAGGCUGGUCACAAAUUUUAAUUGUUCACGUGCCAAAAGGUUAUGAGUAUAUCCCGUUUCACGCCAUCCUGUCCACAGACCUUUUUCUUAUUUUUCGCCCAUUCGAGAGCACGAGAGCAAGCACGGCGCGCGAGAAUGACUGUUUGAGCUGGCGGUGAAUAAAUCUCCGGUGGUUUUUAUAUUCAUACGCGCCCUCGGCGAUCUCUAAAGAGGAAAUAGAGGGUUUGUGAACAGGCUACUUUGAGGCCUUGUUCCCAGAGACCGCGUUUACUCUUGAUCAGCGGACGUUGCCCGUCCGAGGCCUCCGGGUCGAAAGAAAGUGCUUUCGAGCUUGGACGAAUUCGAGUACGCGUAGUCUUAGCCUACAUGCAUGCUCUCCCUAGUCCGCCCACAAACGUUUGCGUUUACGAAUACCCAAGUACACAAGAACCAGUUAAUACUUGGAUUAGUCCACUUUGUUCUGCAAGCAAAAAUUUUGUUUUGACCAUGUAAGAAAUCCUUUUAAUAACUAAACCAAGUGUUUGGACAAUUGUUGUUUGUUCUUUGAUGUUUGAUGUUUGUUUCGUUUCUUUUCUUCAUUUCACGGCCCACAAAAACGCAAAAUCCAAUAUAUAAUCAUCUUGACCUCACACUUGGUCAAUAACACAGAUAUACAUAAUAUUCUUUCUUGAUCUGUAUUAAAAACAGUAAAAAAAAACAGAGUAUUACUGUCUUUACAGUGGUGUCGUCUUGGGAAAUGCGUUUCAGUAGAUGACCGGGAUACAACCAUUCCCCUUCCAAGGCCGACUAUAAAACCGGUUCAUGGUGGCUGGAGUAGGUGGAGUGAUCUAAGUGAAUGUUCGCGUUCCUGCGGCGUAGGAGUACAGUUCAAAACAAGAAAAUGUAACAAUCCUGUGUGAGUAUUCAAGGUCAGCCAUAAAGCACCCCAGAGUCAUGCAGGUUGCAAAUCUCUGUCAACACAACACUCCAUCACGCUACCCUUUCAAGACGUUUAAACAAGUAAGAGGAGUGUAACGAAAUGUUUCGUUUUUCAGGCCUAAACAUAACGGAAGACCUUGCGAAGGAGAGAAUAUCAAAUUUGAGCUUUGUAAUACCAUGGUAAGUAGUUAUUGGCCAACGUUGUUACCGUGUAGCUCUAAUUUUAGAUAACAUCCUCGAUGGAUCUUUGGUAGCUGGUCAUUCCCAAAGUGCAAUAACCGGCAGGUUGUAUGAGAGCAAGAAAAGCAGCAAGAGACAAAAAGAGAAAGGCGAAAAAGGCUCGUUUCUCUCUCAAAGCAAAGCACAUGUGUUAUGUCAGUGUUAUGUCUCGUACCUAGGUUGGUUUACUAGCCGUUUUGUGCACACACGUUACCUCGUGCUGGAAACUAACUGGCUGGAAAACGAGCCCAGUCCAUAUCACGCGGAAAAAGUUGUCUUGAGCAUCACCUCACUAUAGCUAUUUUAACAUUACCCUCAUUUAAUUUUGAUUUUGAUAUAGGACUGCCCAGGAAAACUGUUAACAUUUGAGGAAACUCGCAAAGAACAAUGUAUCAGGCGAGCACCUUUAAAAUCCCCAACAACUGCGGCAGUGUGGUCAUCAUAUGACUUAUAUUCCGGUAAGUAUUAAACGAAAAUUAAACAUGAAAACUAAUGGUGAUAACAAAAGCAGAACGGGUUUUCCUUUUGCUUUGAAUGUAACAAAUAAAAUUUGCCGAUCAAAGUAUGCUCAGGUGUAGACAAAGUGUUCAAAGGAUUGUUUGGCGAGCAAAGUCCUCGAGAGUAAACGUUCUUUAAAAAGAACGUUUAUAAUUUAAAGAGAUUUCGAUCAUCCCGAUCUGUAAUUAUAUUCGUUAACAACUACUUUGAUGCGGCUUUGCUUGUUAGAACGCCAGUACAGCGACAAAAAACGCCUGUAGGAAUUAUCUUUGUCAUAUUGCUAUUCAUUUAAACUUGAAUAAAUUGCAGUUCACCAAAAUUCAAAAGUAGAAAAUGUAUGAACCGACAGCUGAACCUCUUGAUCCAAUAUAGCUGCCUUGGAAAGAGAGGAACGAAACUGUUGUAGGGUGGUCUGGCCGUUGUAAAGAGGUGUUAAAACAAGGGAACACAUAUUUGUUGAGGGGAGGUUCCACUAUUUGAUGACGUGACGAAGAAGCCCUCUUUUUUGUGCGAUUUCACUAGAUAAUGUAACUCUAACCCCAGCCUGAGAAAACAGCCGGCAUUUUGGUUUCCCCGAAAAAUUGUAUCCCAGAACCAAGCGCAGAAAUUUCAUACUGAUGAUGCGUCACUAACUGGAUAUGCGUAGUUCUUCUGAAUGGUUAAAGCAAAUUCUGCCUACCCAGAUCUGGGUAGUGACGCGUCAUCAGUAUAGAAUUUCUGCUCUCGUUUCUCAGACAUCAUUACGCGGGAAGUCAAGUGGUGGCGUUACGAAAUGUUGGCUUUAUUUCUCAGGCUACCCCUCCCCUAAUCCAAUAUAUUGCACUAUGCAAGAAGUUACUGUUAACAUUGGAUGAGGGAGGGGUAGGUGGGUAGCUUCCCAGAAUCUUAUCUGAUCCAUUUCCCUCAGCGAACAUCGACUGUGACUUUGAAAAGGGCCUCUGUGGAUGGACCAAUAAUCCCAGUGAUGAUUUUGAUUGGCGUCGCCGCAGUGGACGCACUCCUACGGCUGGCACAGGACCUUCUUUUGAUCACACAAAAGGACGCCGUGGUUGGUAUAUUACAUAUUUUAGUAAAAUCCAGCUAAUGGUCUAUCAUCAAUGCUGCGUUCUGAUUGGUUGAGCUACUACUAGGCUAUAUGUUAUAGCCCACUAGUAGCGAAAAGCGCGGGCUUUUUGGCGGCAAAAAAGGAUUAAAGUCUAGCUUUAACUUGCUAAAUUUUUUUAUUCUCGAUAUUUUCGACCAACUAUUUGGAUUUUACUAAAACAAUUAUUCCUCUCGCCCUCAUGACCUCUGAGUCAAUUAAUAGCCCAUUUGGCCUUCAGCCUUAUGGGCUAUUGACUCAGAGCCCAUUCGGGUUCGAGGAAUAAUUGUUAAAUAAAAUCAAACGUUAAGAGCUAGAAUAAGAUGUCUGUUUGAUUUUGAGCGACGUUCUUUAAGGUUGAAAACGGUUUGUUUUACCUUCUCUUCCCAUUAAAGCACUAUACAUACUGUCACAUCGAGACUGUGAAAAUAUAGAAACCAUCAUUUUAUAUAUAUUAUUUAGUUUAUUUUGUCAAAACAACUGAAGGAAAAAGGUUAUGUCCUCACGAGUCCUUUUAACGAGUUGUCUUCUCUCGUGUUGUCGAUCAAUACAUUUCGUUGACGUACAACAAGGUAGGCCCGAAACGAAUAGGCCCCGCAGAAAAAAAAUUCCCGGUAAAAAUCUAGAGGAUCUAAAAAAGGCCUCGAAUAUCCAUGGACUACGUGAUUCUCCAAAGUGCAUAUCUGUAAGCCUUUCAUUAAAUCGCUUCACCUCCGCAUUAUAUUGAUUUAUUGUUUUCGUUUUAUGAUUUAGGACAUUACGUGUAUCUGGAGACUUCUCGACCUGUCCAGCCCGGAUGGAAGGCUCGCCUCGUUAGCAAGUACAUAGGCAUGCGUGUUGCGUGUCUAAAGUUCUGGUAUCAUGCAUGGGGAGGUGAUAUUCAUAUGGGAGAACUUCAACUUAUCAUCAAAACAGACACGGUAAGUACUUGUCUGUUACACAGUCGUUUUUAGCGUCGUCACACAACGCUCCUCCCCACAGAGGAGCGUUGCGUGACGACCCUAAAAACGGCUGCGUAGCGGACUAGGUAGAUACAUGACAUGCCGAAUACUUAUCUAUAUCGUGACCUUAGACAGCCGUGAUAUAGCCCUUGUAACUAACAGACUGUUCAAACUAUUUUUAGUUUCUUCUCCCACUGUUUUUGUUAAGCUUUGACUGAAAGGACCUCAAUAUAGGAUCUCUGUCUUCAUGUACGUGUAUUCGCAAAGCUUCUUUAUGUGCACUAUUCAAUCAAAAUUAAGGGCCUGUUUACGUGGAGGCGCGGGACCCCAGGUAGAUGAGGUAACCCGCCUGUCCAUAUAAUCUCUCAUUUUAAUUUGAUCACGUUUACAUGAUAGGUGAGGUGACCUGCCACGUGUUACCUCACCUGUCUGGGGUCUCCCACCUCCGUGUAAACAGGCCCUAAGUCCCUAAGUUUUAGUCAUCUUGGAAAGAAUUAUGCGUCCUCCUUUGAGGAGAUGCGGUAUUAGCUUUACUAAUAGAGCCUGAUAUAUUUCUUGCCUUAGGACGAAAAAGUGGUUUGGAGCGUAAAUAAGAAUAGAGGAAAUAGAUGGGUGUUUCACAAGCCUACCACGAUAUUUAGCAACAAGCCAUACAGGGUAAACAAUAAAUUAAAUCUUUAUAAAUAAAUAAAUAAAAUAAAUAAUGAUUUGCAGGUAGCACAUCCACAUAGUGGUUCUUCGUCUACCUGAUUCCUGGUCGAAUUGGAAUUUGGAAAUGUUGGUUUUUAAGGAGAGGGGAAAACCGGAGUACCCGGAGAAAAACCUCUCGGAGCAAAGGAGAGAACCAACAACAAACUAAACCCACAUAUAGCGUCGACGCCGGGAUUAGAACCCGGGCCACAUUGGUGGGAGGCGAGCGCUCUCACCACUGCGCCACCCUUGCUCCCCUUGACACAGAAGAUUUUUACAUUUUCACGAGCAAAGACAUCCAGUUUUCACUUCAUCAUUUAUCCUCGUGGUUCUCUUUCACAUCGUCGGCACAAGAGUUAUAACCAGUUUUUUGCAGCAGCUUGUAACAACUUCAGAGGAAAUUUGCUUUUCCGUAGCGCCACUUCAGUAUUAAUUCCGUCCGAAUACCCCCAGAAAUUGUCACCUUGUACAGCAUCAUAAGCCGUAGCCAUAGUUGUAGACGUGGUCAUUUAAUUUCAGUUGUUACACUUGUGGAUUCUUCAUACUUAGAGUCAACUUGUAAUAAUGAGAGUGGCAACAAGCGAACUGGAGGUAAACAUUGGAAGAAGAGAUAGAACAGCUUAGAACUGUCACAGCAUCAUAUUUGAUGAUGGUGAUCGUUGUAUGAGCCUUCUUUUAUCUCUUACCACGCAGAAAGUAACUGUUUGCUUUCAUUUUCCUUUGAAGAUUGUCUUCCAAGGCAUUCGAGGUGAUGGAUACCUCAGUGAUUUCGCGCUGGAUGAUAUAACGCUCGAAAAUAACCCUUGUGGACUGGGACUAAUGCGAUUUAUGACAGUCAACAACCGUAAGCUUUAAUUUCUGGUUUUAUCGUAUUUGUUUAGACCUUCCUUAUAUUUUUCAGUCAUUGUUAACCUACAAUCAGCCUCUAUUAAAUUGUGCAUUUCCAGAGGGGGAUUAAAUCACAAGUAGACUAUUUAUUAGAAAAAAACUUUCUCACAAAAACUUUGUGAAUAGGGAAACGUAAAAACGUGUUUCGGACAAAAUUAUUUGAUGUGACCUUUCAAAUGAAACCUUUUUGGCAGUACCCUCACGUAGUACUUUGUUAUUAUUGUUGUUGUUAUUGUUAUUGUUAUUAUUUUUUAGCAGUUUACAGAAUGAUGUAGAGUGUUUUCACAUGACGUCACGGCGGCCAUAUUGGUGUCCCAAAACAAUGAAAGGGGGGCCAUGUUGGUCUACCAAGACAAUCCUGUGGGAGUUGAACUCUUUUCUUAUGCAAACGCUUUCUUUUGUUCCAAAAAAAUUUCAUAAGUGUUGGCCACGUGAGUGAAAACACUCUAUAGGAAUUUUUGUCUAAUAAGUUGUACUUUGGGCCCUUCUGGGAUUGAAACGGUUAAACGUUUUUGUUUGUAGAAAUACCUGUUGAUCCAUGUCAUCAGUUCUGUGAAGCAAACAACGACGGCCAAAGUGUAGACGUGGUUAACGUGGAAGUAGAAAACGGAACUGCAUGUUACGACAACCUUAAAUCCUUUGACGUCUGCAUCCAGGGAAAAUGUCAGGUAUUUCAUAAAUUAUUGCUGGUUUGCACUUGACGUCACGGCGGCCAUGUUGGUGGUGUGUUGGUGGUCAGAACAAAAGCAUUUUUCUCCUCUGGGAACCAUGCCCUAUUUUCAUGUAAAUUCUUCGAGAAAAAAUUCUAUGGUAUUGACCACCAACACACAUCCAACAUGGCCGCCUUGUCGCUCGGUUGCAAACCAAGAAAAUAUUUUUUUGAUUUAUUUUGUAUCUUCAAACGAACGACGACGACGAAAACAACAGAAAAAGUCGAAAAAAGAAUUGAUUUAUGAGCAAAACAACCUCUUUACACGUGCAUCUCGUUUUUUCAUACAUUCCUUGACAUCACUGCACGACUCCUGAUGCGACGUUUUAUGGGGGACGUUUAUAUACGACGACGAAUUUUCCUUUCUCUUUUUUAAGCUGGAUAAAGUUGGUAAGAAUUCAACUCCAGGAGAAAGCGCCUACAUUUAACAAAUUGAAAGGGUCCAAAUAGACGCGACAAAGUUUCAAACAACGCAAAUUCAUGUUAUCACUUUCAGCGAUGUUUUCACUGUCGUCGCUGUGUCGUUUUAUUACGCUUAUUACUGGUGCUUAUUAACGGUGCUGCGCUCUUGUUUUGUGGUAGAAAAUCGGUUGUGAUGGUGUCAUCGGAUCGAACAAAACUCUCGACAGCUGCGGUGUCUGUGAAGGUAACAACGAUAUGUGUUCAGCAACAGCUGGGACCAUUACCACGCUACCAAAAGAAGGUACGUGCACAAUUAUCGUGAACCGACCCUUGUUCUCAGCUCCCUCUGAAGUGAGGGAGAAAAAAGCCUGGGAAUGAGCUUUCCGUGGACUUAAUUGGUGUUGAGGGUGGGGGGGGCGGGAGUAGCGUUUUUUACGGCGUCUUCAACCGUAUUGUAUGGAUUCUUUGCGUACGUUUCGACUAAUGAUUAAACUUGAAUCCCCUUCGCGAAAGACCAUUUAGGAUAUACCUACCAAGAACAACCUUUUAUCCAGCUAGAGAUCAGGGUGAGACUUGAACUCGUGGCCUGCUUCUUUGUCUAACACUUAAACCGCUCGGUCACAUUGCCUCCUCUAUCACAUGCAGUUUGGUUUUAAAAACGUUGUGUCAUAUAGCCUUAUUCAGCAAUUGAUUAAAGGGACAUAGUCAGCUUUGGGACCGCGCUGACCUAGACACUAGUUUUGCCACUUUAAAAAGCGCUUAGCUCAACCCGAAAUCAAAGGUCGGAGACAUCUAGAGAUCCGCGUCAAUUUUGCCAUGUGUUGCAUUCGAUCUUUGAUCUUUUACUGAAAACCUGUUCCUGAGUAUUCUUUUUCUCAUCCUACAAAAUUAAGUUAUCAUAUUUGGUUGAAAACAGUACCUUGUUGUAUGCAAAUCAGUUAAGGAAUAGUAUAUAAUGCGCAUGUGCAUCAGCUGACUUUGUCCCUUUAACAACUGGCCACCAAAUUGAGUGAAAUUUAAUCAUUUAAAGAUAACUGCUUCAACUUGCAAAGAAAUACUCCCACAAAUACAAAAGCAGUUGCGGAUGCACAAACUUGAAAAAAAUAUCCAAUUGCAAUUGGGGUUUUUUCUUUCUCUGUUUGUAAGUUUGCAUUAUUUGUAAUAGAGUUGUGAUUUUGCCAUUUAGAACCGAGUAAAUUCUCUGCUAACGAGUUACUGGUAAGACUGCACAAAAUGGACUGGUUACAGUUUCUUUCAGUUUAUGGGAUAGUUACUUUAGAGUAUCUCCGACCUGUUGUGACAUUGUACUUAAUUUUUCAAUCCGGUUGAUUGAUAUGUAAACUCUAUCUUUCUUUCUUAUUCACCUCCGUUUUGGUAGGGGGUUCGUUCUCGGGGCUUCCGGAAACAACAACAGCUUCAACAAGAACAGCAUUUAUUUUCUUUGCAAAUAGAAUAAAGGAAAGCGCUGUCCCGCAAAAUAGCGGAAAUACUAAGCGAGGCGCCCGCGAAACCUGUAUAGCUGGCUAUUAUUAUAAUAACUCAUUUGCACUGAAGAAAUGAAUGAGAUGUUACUGACCUUACUGAUAUUGAAAUAUGCAUUAAUGUGUCUACAGACUGAAGUGGCUUAUUUUAAAAUAUUCUGUUGAUUCUAUAGAUCUUGAAACAUUGUUAGAGUGUCCAGUGGGUGCAACCGAUAUCAUGCUUGAAGACUCGUCUCCAAACUUCCUAGGUAAGUGAUGGUACUAAUUUCGUAUUGUACAGCUACAGUUGUAGAUUUUUCCAAGGCUCUAUUACAAGCCGCUGUUCGGGUAGCCUUCGAGCAAGCUAUCCACUUGGGGUGGUCGCGAGAAGUCGCGCGAGAGCAGCACGCGAAAGGUGACGCGAGUGCGUUCUCUGGCGGUUCCCUUCGCUCGCCAUAAAUAGAGAGCUUGCUGGCGGGCUACUGUUCGGGAAAUGAGAUUUAUUUUCCUAAAUUCCAUGUGGUUUUAUUAUUAACAGUUCUAGACGCCAUGGGAGCAGAAAAGGCUCAUUUCGUAGGCUCUGAACAGACGUCAGUGUCCGUAGUUUAUGAAUUUGCUGGGACAAAAUUCACUUACAAGAGAGAAGGCGACAUAGAGGCAAUAACCACUCCGGGACCCAUCAAGGAUAGAGUUGUAGUGAAGGUCAGAUGGUAUUCCGUGUAUGUUAUUGUGGCUGCAAGCACAAACCUAAAUAAUAGCUCAACGGGCGUGUCUGUUGUCAACUGAGAAGUUUCAGGUUGUUUAUCAUUUACUUAAGCAAACCGGUCGGUAAACGGUUUGGGGGAAUGGUAAGCAAAAUUUAGGACUGAUAAAUUUCGUCCCGGAGUCGGGUCGAUAAACGACCGCGAAGGCCUGAAACUGGUAACAAAGACGGCUUUGAAGAGAUGGAACACGAAUUUCCGUUUCGAAUAUCCCGUCCGGAAAAAUAGGACUACCUUUUCAGAUGUUCCAUUGCCCCCGGAAAUUCUCCGCCGGAACGACCAAAAAAGGUGUGUUCCAUUUCCAGAAACUUCUUGUAAAUAGUAAAAAAAAACGGUUUGCUUGAAAACAGCCUUAGUUUAAAAUUUCUAAUUGAUUCACAUGCAGGUUAAGAUGAGUGACCAGCCAGCAGUACCUAUUAGUUUACGCUACCAGUUCUACAAACCCACCACUAAUGGGAGCGAGUUCUUCUGGUCGCAUUUCAAGUGGUCUGACUGUUCCAAAACUUGCGGGGAAGGUUGGUACCAAAGCUCACGAAUAAGUUAAGCUUUAUUUGUCCGUCCGCCAUUGUUGCUUUUGAUAUGUUUGCAUGAGGUCUGGGUCAAAAUGACCUAUGAUUGGUCUGCGGCCUUGUACUUAUGCUCUCGUGCUUAUGUCGACCCCGUUUUCACUAGUCAAGCAAAGAGAAAGACAAACUUGUCCGUUUUUCUGGUGCUUACGCUUAUGCUCAUGUGGCGGCAGUUUUCACUUGCUUACACAUGUGCUUAUGCUUAUGUUUAUGCUUACGCGUCAGUGAAAACCAGGCUUCUAACGGGCUAUAGGAAAAUCCUUGUUUACAUUUUUGCCCCAUUCACAUAUGUUUACUAUCAUCUGAUGAAGCUGAUGAAAUAAGAUCUCUGAAUAUUGAAAAUUGAUAGAGCAUAAAGAUUUCAGUCAUAUCUGAAAUUUGAGCCCGAUAUAGCGAAUAGUGUCGGAGAAAUUUGCUGUGGAAAACUCGAAACUUUACGAAGAAUGUAUGGGCUCAUUAACGUUUUUACCUCCCAGUAAUUGCGCAGUUUUUGAUUGCUGCCAUUUCCUUUGUUAUUUUUUGCAAAGAGCUGAACGUUGAACAAACUGCUCAAAUUAACCUGCUCUUUUAGCCGGUAUUUUUCUAUGGGUUAAUUUGUAUGCUUAUGAGCAAAAAUAUAAACGACAUUUGGACGAUGAUGAUUGCACGCCAAUAUUUAUGCAUUCUAAACCACCCAUUCCCUUAGCCAUAAACAACGUAAUCUGUUUAUUGGUUCAAGUUGUCAUUUUGUCUUUAUUUAUGUUUUUGUUUUUGUUUGUUUGUUUUUUUUUCUACUCAUUAGGUAUCCAAACACACUUAUAUAAAUGCCGCAGAAAUGAUAACAAAUCAGAGGUUGUCAAGGAUAAUUGUUUCGCGUUGAUCAAACCCGAACCUUUGACGAGACCAUGUAACUUGACAGCUUGCGAGAGGUAUACAUACAUCGAUUAUCAGGAAUGGGUAUCUCACACUUAAAGAGACUAUCGUUAACUUAAGCUGUAACAUACGGGACCACGAUUUGGUGCCCGUCGUAGUUUUCUUCAUAAUAAGGUGUUCAAACUCGUCCAAAGGUCCAGUAAGCAAUGACUAAUGGUGGUUAAGAUGUGGAGCGGAUGGGGAAAGGAAAUGUUUGCUUUGGGGGAUGUUAAAAGAAAUCACUCGGGACUUAAUAACCUGUGGCAGGGGAUACCUAUUGUCAAAUUGUAGUAACAACUGAAAUAAGAGAAGUUUAAAAAAACAAGUAAGGAAGGUUUGGUUACCAGUGUUUUUUGCAGCGUCUAUGACUGUCGACGGUGUAACUAAAUGUAUGUAUUAGACAUUUAGUAAACUUCAUGGCGCGUGGAUUAUUUCAGGUACUGUUCAUUUCCAAUAAUUUUCCUUUUCUGAUAAUCUUAAAUUCCCAACCCAAUUCUUCAUAACCAGCUAGUGUUGACAAAUUUGGAAGAUAUCUGCCGAUAUUCCGACAUUCUUAAAAAUGACGUCAAUUUCACAGACAGUUGACAGAAAAAGAAUCAGCAGAAAGCGCAUUGGCUCAGCUGCUUCAGUCGGCAGUGCAGAGCUGUACAAGGGUCGAGAAAAUGGCGAAAGGUUUCACACGUUAUGCAAUAAGAAUUAAAAGCCCGAACUACUGCCUAAACAUAGCAAUUUUAGGAGUUUAAGAAAAAAAACCUACAUUACAUCGUCGACAGUUAUAGAGACUCCGUAAAAAGACACCGGUAACCAAUGCUACAAUACUUGUUUUUUAAACUAGCUGUCCGUUUCGAAUUAAAUUGUUAUGGUUACAUUUGCGAUUGUCUCGGGGAGAUGUUUUGUAUUCCAGUUGAAUGAUGUACACUUAGAAAAAAAUAUACAGAACAAAAAUUUUGUCUUUCAAAUUAGCUCUAUACAUCCCCAUGAAUCAACGAAAGCUUUUCAUUCUAUGUUCCCACCAACAUCGUAGCUCUACAACUCGAAGUACAAACAACAAAACACAAUCCCUUGACUACGUAUACCUCCUACGCGUCAAAUGUCAGCUAAUUAAAUCUCUUAACGUUUGUAAGGUGACUUUUAUGAAAAUCUUAUUUCUGUGCGUUACAGGUAUGUUUGGAAAGUGUCCAAUUGGACGAAGUGUUCUUCACUUUGCAAUGGCGGCAGCCAAAAUCGUACAGUGGAAUGUAGAGGAGUUUUAGUAGAUCGCCAGGUCAACUCUACACUGUGUACUGAGGAAAGGCCUGAGAAACAACAGAUAUGUAACGAUCAACCUUGUCCGGCCGAAUGGAUUGUGGGUAACUGGACUCAGGUACGUAGGGUCUUUUUAAGGCCUGUUUAUAUGGAGGUGGGGGACCCCAGGUGGGUGAGGUAACCCACUUAGGUGGGGUAAGCCGCCUGUUCACAUAAUCUCUCAUUAUAAUUUGAUCACGUUUACAUGCUAGGUUGGGUGGCCGUAUGGACAGGCGGGUUAUCUCACCUACCUGGAGUCCCCAACCUCCAUAUGUAACCAAGCCCUUAGACUGGCACUCCGGCGCCAUAUUAUUUUAGGGACUUAAAGAUCCGGCGACGGUAAAGGUAACAAGAACGUAAAAGGAAGUUUAGUCAGCUGAACAACAACUUGGCACUUGCAUCACACUUGACAUCACUGUCACACCAAAUCUUUUUGAUGAAAGUUGUGUUACUGUCUUUAUUGCUAACAUUUUCUUCGUUGCUGGAUUCUUGGAUACUUAAAUAGUGAUUAGCCGUCGAUAAAUACACUGGCCGCGAAAACUGCUAUUCAAAAGUUGCUAAAACCAUUAGACAUAAUGAUACGAGCAAUGGUAUGACUGACUUAGAGCAAAGAGGGACCUAGUCCCGAUUCAUAAAGCAACCUUUUAAGAGUCUGGUGCUCUCCUUGCAUUCCCAUGCUUGUUAAACCGCCCUUGGCCGAAUUACUCCCGAUCCGUGCAAGAGCAUCCUUUACUACAGAGAGAUUGGCUGCAGAAAGGGACUCCUCUACUCUAAAGAUGCUUUAUGCAAUUGGUUCCAUUAUCUUGAGAAAUCUAGUUGGCAACUGUCAAAACGGAUCACAAUCUCGGUAGGCUUAAGAAUUCGUCUUACGCUCUUGAAGAGCAGAACAAUUUGUGGAGAGCAGAACAAUUUGAAGACAGUACUACUUUGCCUUACUAAAAUUCAACAAGCAAUAGCUUAUCAAGACAGAUGGGGAGAAAGUGUUUGAAUUUUUUUAACCCCUUAACUCCCAGAAGGGAGUGGCAUGUAACUUCUCCUUAGAACAUGCAAUACAUUGUCCAACAUACUACUGUUGAGAAUACGUAAAUUUAUCAGCCAGAUGAUAUUAUAUUGAUAUAACCCCAAAUUACUUCAAUAAAAUAUACUAAAAUAGCAGUCAUGUAAGAGAAUUAAUACAUGUAAUCAAAUCUUGGGAAUUUAAGGGUUAAAUUGGCUCUAUUUCCUUGUGUUUUAGUGUUCUCGCACCUGUGGAAAUAGUGUUCAACAACGUUUAGUGGAGUGCAGAAAUAUUUUAGGAGCUGUCUCAUUAAACUGUCCACGUGAUGCUAGGCCGCCUCAGAUGAGAAUUUGCAGAAAAGUUCCCUGUGAAGGAGAACGUAAGUGGACUACACGUUGCUAACUUAUUUGAUGUAAUGUAUCAAGCAUGAGUUACAGUGUCUCAUGUAAUAUAUCAAACAUGAGAUGCAUUGUUUCAUCACCAGAUGAAACACCGAGAAGAGAGUUGAAAAUACGACGCGCAGCGGAGUAUUUUUGACGAACUUCGAGGUGUUUCAUCUCGUGAUGAAACAGUGUGUCGAAUGUUUGAUAUUUCUCAAACAAAAUGAUUUUAGAGGCAGAAAUCAAAGAUGCAAAAAUGAGCCGGUUUUCAUCUGAUUUUAAACACUCAUUAAACAUUGAAAAUUUCCUUUGUAUUUUCUUUAUGAAUUAUUAAUGAGUUCGAGAAGUAAAUGUUUCUGUAGAGUCGAGUGCCGUAAAUUGUACAAGGGUUUGCAAAGGAGUUUAGGAAACAGUUGUGGCUUAGCGCGUGUGUCUUCCCAAGUUUCUCGGGUUCGAAUCCCGGCGUAGGAGACCGUUUGUGGAUUAUGUACUGGCUUCCUGCCCUUUGCUUCAAUUACUUUAUCCCCGGGUACUCCGAUUUCCCCCUUUCCUCAACAACCAAGAUUUUCAAAUUACAAUUCGAUGAGGUAUACAACACAAUGAACCACUUCAUGGAAGUGUAACCUCUAACUCGUUAUUUACAUAUCUAUUUAUUUAUUCAUCGUAAAUUUAUUUUAUUUAUUUAUCUAUUUAUUAAUUUGUUAUCUAUUUAUCCAUUCUCCAACAGUUUUAGCAAACAUGUCUUGCUCGUUUGAAGAAGGAUUCUGUGAGUGGAGAAACGUGCGCGCCUCCAGGCUGGAUCAGUUUGAUUGGGCGUUGUUAAGUGGAAGCACGCCGAGCCAGAAGACUGGACCAACUAACGAUCACACCUUGGGAACGUCAAGAGGUUGGUAACAAACAUCCAAGUUGAAGAAAGAAGCAAGAGAACAGUUUUCAACUCGCACUAUUUUUCCUCUUUUGCACCUGUUUCUGUUCCUCCUUACAGCUCCUUAGAAAGAAACAACUAAGCUUAUUAGAGAUCUUAAGAUAGACCGUGUCCGUGAACGGGUAUGGGCAAAUAACCCGCACCAGUAACCAUAAAUACAGGUAGAUCCUCUCUUAGCCCUUGGGACACGGCUAAGCUACCGGGUAAAAUGAGGAUACAAUACUGACCGCCUAGUUAUGGAAAAUCAUGUUCGCCUACCGUCUUUUCUGUGGGCAGAAACGAUAUAUCUUAAUCUCACUGAUGACCAAGAGGUGUCCGAUGAAUACAGGUUCGUUUGACCGAAAAUAUGGAAAGAAACGUUUAAUACAAACUGAGCCAUUCUUCUCCUUAAUAUUAGCCGUUAUAAUUUGUUUAUUCCUCAGGUUUUUACCAGGCAUUAUGCAGUUGAACCUCUUCAUUAAGUGGCCACCCUCUAUUAAGCAGCCAGUAACCAAAGUCCCGAAAUAAUUGUAGAAAAGAAUGAGGAAUUAAAUCUCUAUUAAGCGGCUAUGGCCGCCUUUUGGCCGUGCCAAUGAGAAUUCUCCCAUUGUUGUCACAUCUAUUAAGCGACUAUCAAGCACUUAACGGACUACGUUUGGUUUUAUUUUAAGAAUAUGAUAAAGGAAAAAACAGUCCGAGAGAGACGGUGACGACCGAUCGUGGACCAGUACUGCUGCCUCCGUCGCGCGUUUGUUUUAAAAUAAAGUGAUGUUUCUCCUAAGGAUUAUGCUAGUGUAUAACCCGGUUUAUGACGAACCUCUAUCGAGGGGUCAACCUCCAUUAGGCGGCCACUUAACGGCACACCAAGGGUGGCCGCUUAAUGUAGUUUUCAACAAUAAUUUGUUUAUUUCUCAGGUUUUUACGUAUAUAUAGAAGCUUCUCAUCCACAACGAAGGAAUGACCGUGCGAGAUUAAUAAGUCCCGUAGUACGUGCUAGGAGUGUCUGCCUUAACUUCUGGUAUCACAUGUACGGUGACAAAAUGGGCUGGCUUCGUGUUAUGUACAGGCUCCUAAGGGGAAGAGAUCGCAGAAUAUGGCACAAAACUGGAAACCAGAAAAACGAGUGGCAUAAUGAACGUCUAACGAUUAAUUCUUAUCUUCCAUAUCAGGUAAUCGUACUGAAUACUUUAUUUAUCGUUGCAGUGAACUUAGUGGCUCUGACUAGUAUAGCUGGAAGGCUCUCAAAGGGGGCUUAUUCUCACGGCGGCCAUAUGGUCCCGAGAGACUGAAAAAGCUUUGUUUUACCACCUUCGACCUCGCAAUGAAAAACUUGGGAGCGAGGCUACACAAGUAAAACAAAGCUACUUCGUCAAAACGCCUCCCAAGCUCAUGUUACGAGGGUGUGAUGUAAAUAAACUUUCUCACAAGAGAGUCAGUAGGUGUCGCGUUACAAGCAACCGUUGAGGCCUUUGUAUGAGAAAUAAAAUACUGAGAUCUGCGAACGCUAAAUAUUAUUUUUACUUUUUUUCUAUAAAAUAAAUAAAGGAGACUUACCCUUGAUGUGUUCCUGUGUUUUUUUGUGUGAAUCCAUCGGGUCAAACAAUAACAGCCAAAAAACCGACUAAAUGGAUGAAAUCACACCAAAAAGCACAGGAAUACAUCAAAUGGCAAGUCUCCUUUAUUUAUUUUAUAGCAAAAUAAGUAAGAAUAAUGAUAUUUAGCGUUCGCAGACCUCAGUAUUUUAUUUCUCAUACAAAGUCUCAACGGUUGCUUGUAACGCGACACCGACUGACUCUCUUGUGAGAAAGUUUAUUUACAUCACACCCUCGUAACAGGAGCUUGGGACACCUAUGGUCUCUCGGGACAAAAUGGCCGCCGUGUGACAAAGGCCCAACGUCCAGCAGCAGACAGGCUAGUUUUAUUGCUUAGAAGAAUGGUAGAAAAAGGAGGCCAGCUAUUAGUCGAAUGGGGUCUCGAACGUGCCCAGGGUCCCUCUGCCGCGGUGCCUCCCUACCGAUGACCGUUCUUUUCCCGCGUCUGGCCUUCGGCAAGCGUGCGGUAGUCCACCUUAGUACCUUAGCUGGUGAAAAAAAGAAAUCUUAUGCUGAGCGAGCGCGACCAGAGUGAAACGAAUAACGCUCUCCGAGUCCUCUUUAGGUAUUGCUAUGCUACACAAGUACGUUCUCGAAUACUUUCCCCAAGGUUAAAACCCUUUAUUUUAUUUUAUUUUAUUUUUUCUGACUGUCUCUUUUACGCAGAGCCCUUAUUGUCCCACUAGGAGGAUGCUGGGGGCAAAAGGAAGUGCGCAGUGGACGAUGGGAAAGGAAAAAGCAGGAGAGCUUCUUCCUUCCCUCCCUAGCUAUAAUAAUAAUAAUAUUAUUAUUAUUAUUUAUAUUAUUAUUAUUAUUAUUAUUAUUAUUAUUAUUAUUAUUAUUAUUAUAUUUGGAAUGCCAAUGCGAGUUUCUGCCUUUGGCCUUGGGUCCUUCAUCGUUGCAUAUGAAUUCGAAACAAGAGAGAGUGAUGUAAAAGAACCCGUGGCACUGAUCCAAUAAAAAAUGAAUUUAAAACCGAAUGUAUAAACAGUAAACGAACAAAGCCUCUGAAUAUGAGACGAAGCCUACUUGAAUGGUCUCUCUUAUCAAAACUAAUUCAGAACUCUGUAGAUUACCGUAGAGCAUUUCAACCCGUUGCCAUAAGUGCAAUGGCUCGACGCCUCAUUCUUGCAAUGCCAUAUUUAUCUGUAAUUAUGAUAUCGGUUUAUUUUUUUUCAGAUUAUAUUCGAGGGUAUUCGAGGCAACGGUUUUUCCAGUGAUAUAGCAUUAGAUGAUAUAAAGAUUUCAAGUGGUGGAUGCUCUCCAAAAUCUCCCGAAAGUAGGUUUGUAGAAUAAAUUUAGUUUUACGGUUGUUUUCGCUCCUGGGGUGGCCGUACAGGAAGUCAUGCAACAUUCGAAUAGAGUUUUGGUUUUAAGAGUUGGGGCUCUUCAUGUAGUUGUUAUUUACCUUUUGAAUAACCACGCGGAAAACGGGAUUUAUACUGGAUUGCUUUGUGUAGAAAUGGCCUUUGUUAAUACCUCGAUAAUGUUUAACCGUACGGCGCGGAAAGUAACGACCGCCGCUCGUUACUUUCCACUUUUAGGAGACGCUACUUUCGAGGGUUCGUUACCUUCGGAGCUCAAACUCUAUUGGCUUUGGCAGAGAAACUGAAAAAAAAAAGAAAGUAGCAAAACCUUUGGUGAUACCGCAACAUGCAUAUCUUGCACAUUCGUGCAGUAUGUAUCAAAUCAGGAAUGCGCAGCUGUCGUGUGUUUGCGCAUUAUAACUGUCAAUUAUUUGAAGCUUUUCCCUCAGCAGUGGCGGAUCCAGACCUUCGGAUGAGGGGGGGAGGGGGGGAGGGCGGUCAUCCAGACCCCUCAGAUAAGGGGGACCCGGUCUCCAAAAACCUUUUUUUGGUCUAAAAAUAAGGAGGGCCGGGCCCCCCCGGCCUCUUCCCUGUCUCCGCCACUGCUCAGAAUCCUUUUUUGACUUCUGAUUCAUGACCAGUAGAAAAAAAGGCGUAAAUUCUUGGUUGGCUACUUUCGUUGGAUCGCUAUGGGAUAAUCGCGUUAACACCCAUGUAUAGUGAAAUGAAAAGUGAACUCGUCUUGUUUUAUUGUUUGCAACAUGCUGAGCAGCCAGAAACUCUACAAUUCUUUCUUAAUUGAAAGAGAACAAUGUCUUAACCCUGGCGAAGAUUGAACACGUGACCUCUGAAUUAUUGCUUUUUAAAGCCUAGUCUACUUACGUGGCCAAUCGCGAACAGGGAGGAGAAUUUAGAAAAAAUUAGCCUAAGGCUUGAAAGCCGAAGCCGUGAACACCGCGUGAAAAAGUCUCUGGCACCCAGGAUAAGCACGUAUAUCUUAUGGCUCAUUUAUUCCCCACUCUUCAGAUCCACAGCAGUGCACAAGCGAUAAAUCAAGAUACUGCAAAGCUGCAAUUCGCCUAAACUGGUGCUCUUCAUCAAGGUGGAGUAAGAUGUGCUGCAAAACUUGUGAAAGGGUUACCCUGGGUGGAUCUUAA